AUGACAUCUAUUACUGUCACCUCAAAGGAAUUGGUAAAUGAAUUAGAAGAAUUUGGAGUUAAGAUAAUUCCUGGAGAUGCUAAAGCAUUGUUAGCACAAGUUACAGUUAAACCAACUCUAAGACAAAAGAUUAUUGAUGCUCAACAGACAGAUGUGAAGUUAUGUGUUCCUUCAAAUCCUUCCAUUAGAAGGGAGGUGUUGGAAGAAGCCCAUAACACACCAUUUUCUGUGCACCCUGGUAGCACAAGAAUGUAUCGAGGAUUGAAACAACACUAUUGGUGGCACAAUAUGAAGAAAGAGAAUAUCUCAAUGGAUUUUAUAGCCGGUCUUCCAAGGACUACUAAGGGCUAUACUACUAUUUGGGUAAUUGUGGAUAGACUCACUAAAUCAGCGCACUUAAUACCUGGUCAAGCUACUUAUACGGUGGAAAAAUGGGCAGAUUUGUAUAUCAAAGAGAUUGUAAGGCUUCAUGGUGUUCCAGUUUCCAUUGUGUCUGAUAGAGAUGCUAGAUUCACAUCCUCUUUUUUGGAAAAGUUUGCAAAAGGCUAUGGGCACUAA